AUUACUGCAUUAAUUUGCAUUAAAUUUCUACAGAACAGCAAAAGAGAGAGAGAGAGAGAGAGAGAGAGAGAGGAGUGGGUGUAGCAUGUAAAAUGUAAUGUGCUUAUCUAACUUCCCUCCAUUUAAUCUCCUCCUCCACCACCUCACCUUCUUUCUCAGAGGCGACCGCCGCCGCCACCUGAGAGGCGCUGGAGACAUGGCCUCUAUUGCCGUCCCCGACCCGACUCCUCCCCCCGCCCUGGACGCCGAGAAUAUCCGAAAGGCCGUCCAGGGAUGGGGGACAGACGAGAAGAAGCUCAUUGAGAUACUGGGCCGCCGGACCGCCGCGCAGCGCGCCGCGAUCGCCCGCGAGUACGCCCGGCUUUACAACGAAUCGCUUCUCGAUCGGCUGCAUUCGGAGCUCUCCGGAGAUUUCAGGAGCACGAUGAUGCUGUGGACGGUGGACCCUGCAGAAAGGGACGCAAAGUUAGUCAACAAGGCCUUAAGAAGGAAGGACGACAACUUUGCGUUGCGAAAGACGGACGAGCACUACAUUUGGGUGAUCGUCGAAGUCGCUUGCGCUUCGUCUCCGGAUCACCUGAUGGCAGUGAGAAAGGCGUACUGCUCGAAGUUCUCCUCCUCUCUCGAAGAAGAUGUUGCUUCCUGCUCUUACAAAGACCCCAUCAGACAGUUUUUGGUUGGUCUAGUGAGCUCGUAUAGAUACACGGACGACUACGUCGACGAAGGUUUAGCGAAAUCUGAGGCGACCGAGCUCUGCAAUGCCAUCAGGAAGAAGCAACCGCACCACGAGGAUGUACUCCGCAUAAUUAGCUUGCGGAACAAGUCCCAACUGAAAGCAACAUUCAAGCAUUACAAGCAAGAUUUCGGAAAGGCAAUCGACGAGGACAUUGAGAGCUAUGGUAGCAGCCUGUUUUCAAGGGUGCUGAGGGCUGCUGUAUUGUGCUUAGGAUUUCCUGAGAAGCACUUUGCGGAGGUGAUUAGAUAUUCAAUUCAAGGCCUUGGCACCGACGAGGGAACCCUCACAAGGGCCAUAGUGAGCCGGGCCGAAAUCGACAUGAAUAAUAUAAAGGAGGUGUACAAGAUCAUGUACAACACAACGUUAACCCGAGAGGUUACCGGCGAUACAUCCGGGUUUUACAAAGAUAUCUUGCUUACCCUGAUAGGGAGUGAAGAGUGAAGACUCAUGAUCAUAUAUAAACCAAAUAUAUGCGAACAACAAUAUUUGUGAUAUGAAAUGCUCAUUUGGAAUAAGGUAAUUUAUAAUGGUCUUAGCUAAAUUACAUGUUUUUAGUGGUGUAUGAAGUUUGAUAGUUCAGAAUCUUUGAUUUGAUUUUUUUUUUUAAUGUGAAGGGUGAUUAUUUUUAAGAGAGAAAAGUUUGCAUCAUAUUAUAAGAGCUAUAAUAUGAAGUAACUCAUCAUAUGUAAAAUACGUGUUAUUAGUACUUGAGAGGAUAACAACCCUAUCACUGUAAAUUUAUAAAUCAUUCGUUUCUGAUAGCU